UCUAAGUUCCGCCUAAGGUAGGCGGAUAUUCCCCCAAGACCUGAGCUUCCGCCAUUACUUCCCUCCUUAUUUUUCCCUUUCUUUUUUCCUUUAUCGGCUACUCUGUCCGUCCUUAUAUUCUAUCCGUCUCUUCUCUGUCAUUUUCUUUCAAGAUUAUUGACCAGAAUCCUCGCUGUUUAUUUGAAGGAUGGAGACAUGAUUGGUUUUAGGAAUCGACAAGAGUGAGAGACAGCUAUUGCAUAAAAUGGAUGCUCUCACAGUCACAGGUACGUGGGUGGCUUUCUGUGGAAAGUAUGUUUGUUCCAAUCAAGCUGGAGAUGCCUGUGGGUUCAGCGGAGUAUUCUACUCUUCUACUUGCAUGAAUCACAUACUGGUUAUCGCUGUCAACGUGCUCAUAUUUGUGUCCUUCUUGCUCCAUUUUGUUUGCAAAGCUUCAAGGAGAGCUGAUCGGGUUCGACCGCUCUUUAAGCUCUCCUCGCCUCUUCAAGUAUCAUCUGCUUUGCUUGAUGGUUGCUUGGGAUUGGUUUAUCUAGGCCUCGGGUUGUGGAUGCUGGAAGAGAAUUUGAGGAUGGGAAUGGGCUUUUACCCUCUGCAUUCGUGGUUAAUGGUGUUAUCACAGGGCUUUGUUAUGGUGGUUGCCGGUUUGGUGGCGAGCAGCGGAACCGUACUGCUUGGGGAGGCCUUCCUUAAGAUUUGGUCGGGAAGUAUGACAAUGUUUGCUGGAUUUAUUUGUAUUUCUUCUGUUCUGGAUAUCCGGCUAGCAAAUAAAUUGUCUGUGAAGGUCUUUUUGGAUGUUCUAUCUUUACCAGGAGCUAUUCUUUUGCUGAUUUUUGCCUUUAAGGGAUCCAGAGAUGUUGAGGAUUGCGAGACUGUAGAUGGCUCUCAAUAUAUGCCUUUGAAUGGAGCGUCCGACGAUAAUGCAAUCGAGUCAGAUGAGAAGUUGACUCCUUUUGCAAGUGCUGGAUUUCUCAGUAGAAUGACCUUCUGGUGGCUGAAUCCCUUGAUGAAGAGUGGUUACGAGAAUCCACUAGACGAGAAUGAUAUACCUCAGCUUGGUGAGGUUGAUCAAGCGGGGAGCUGUCACUCUCUGUUUUUGGAGCAAUUGAACAGACAAAAACAGGGCAAACAAACUGCUUCUCCAUCCAUAUUUUGGGCUAUAGUUUCUUGUCAUCAAAAAGAAAUCUUUGUCUCUGGUUUUUUUGCAUUGCUAAAAGUUCUCACCUUGUCUUCUGGUCCGGUGCUUCUAAAUGCCUUCAUCAAAGUAUCAUCAGGGGAAGCGGCUUUCAAAUAUGAAGGAUAUGUGUUGGCCCUGGGAUUAUUUCUUGCAAAAUGCCUAGAAUCCUUAUCACAAAGGCAGUGGUACUUCCGCACCAGAAGGUUAGGAUUACAAGUGAGGUCUUUGCUAUCAGCAGCAAUUUAUCGGAAGCAACUGAAGUUGUCAAAUUCGGCAAAACUGAUCCACUCUUCUGGGGAGAUCAUGAACUAUGUAACAGUAGAUGCCUAUAGGAUAGGGGAGUUCCCGUUUUGGUUUCAUCAAACUUGGACAACAAGCCUCCAACUUUGCAUUUCCCUAGGAAUUCUUUAUCAUGCUGUUGGUCUUGCAACAAUCUCGGCUUUGGUUGUAAUUGUAGUCACUGUGAUCUGCAAUGCUCCACUGGCCAAGCUGCAGCAUAAAUUUCAGACAAGGCUUAUGGAAGCUCAGGAUGCGAGGUUAAAGGCUUUGUCAGAAGCUCUGGUGAAUAUGAAAGUGCUUAAGCUCUAUGCUUGGGAAACACAUUUCAAGAGAGCUAUAGAAGGGUUGAGGGAAGUGGAAUGCAAAUGGUUGAAGGCAUUUCAGCUUCGGAGAGCAUACAAUAGCUGUCUCUUUUGGUCAUCCCCUGUACUUGUUUCGGCUGCUAGUUUUUUAACAUGCUAUCUUCUUGACAUUCCUCUUUAUGCAAGCAAUGUUUUUACCUUUGUAGCGACAUUGCGUCUUGUUCAAGAUCCAGUAAGGCAAAUACCUGAUGUAAUUGGAGUUGUCAUUCAAGCGAAGGUUGCCUUUGCACGAAUUGUCAAAUUUCUGGAUGCACGUGAGCUGCAGGCUGAUGAAGUUAGAAGGAUGUACGCUGCAGAUAUCAAGCAGCCGAUAAUUAUCAAAUCCUGCAGCUUUUCUUGGGAUGAGAAUACGUUGAAGCCCACAUUGAGGAACGUAAACUUAGAGGUUAAAGCUGGGGACAAGGUGGCAAUUUGUGGUGAGGUUGGCUCAGGAAAAUCAACUCUUUUGGCAGCAAUUCUAGGAGAGGUUGCAAAGACUGAGGGCAUGAUUCAAGUGUCUGGGAAACUUGCUUAUGUUUCUCAGAUGGCAUGGAUUCAAACAGGAACUGUACAAGACAAUAUUUUAUUUGGAUCUGUUAUGGAUAAGCAAAGAUACCAGGAAACACUUGAAAAGUGUUCUUUAGUAAAAGACCUUGAGAUGUUGCCCUUUGGGGAUCUUACUGAAAUAGGAGAAAGAGGGGUAAAUCUCAGCGGUGGCCAGAAGCAGCGCAUUCAACUGGCCCGUGCGCUGUAUCAAGAUGCAGAUAUAUAUCUCCUGGAUGAUCCUUUCAGUGCUGUUGAUGCCCAUACUGCUGCCAGCCUAUUCAAUGAAUAUGUCAUGGGAGCUCUCUCAGAAAAGACAGUUCUACUAGUGACUCACCAAGUGGAUUUCCUUCCAGUGUUCGAUUCUGUUUUGUUAAUGUCCGAUGGGAAAGUUUUGCAUGCUGCUCCUUAUCAUGAACUAUUGGCUUCUAGCAAAGAAUUUGAAGACCUUGUCAAUGUAAAUAAAGAAACUGUCGGUCCUGAAAGGCUUGGCAAUAUUGUUUCUCAUAGAAGAAGUGAGACAUCUACAAGAGAGAUCAACAGUUUGAAUAGCUCUAAACAGCUGAAGAAAGAAAUACAAUCAGGAGCAGACCAAUUGAUUAAGAAAGAGGAGAGAGAAGUGGGUGAUACAGGGCUAAAACCUUAUAAACAAUAUCUGAACCAAAACAAGGGCUACUUAUAUGCCUCGCUAGCAGCUCUUUCUCAUUUAAUAUUUGUAGCUGGGCAGAUUUCACAGAACUCAUGGAUGGCAGCUAAUGUUGAUAAUCCUCAAGUUAGCAUGUUGCAAUUGAUUAUAGUGUACGUGGCAAUUGGGUGCGGCACAUUCAUCUUCUUGUUAGCAAGAUCUAUUUUGGUAGUUGUUCUGGGUCUCCAGUCAUCAAGAUCAUUAUUUUCUCAGUUACUUAGUUCACUAUUUCGUGCACCAAUGUCAUUUUUUGAUUCCACUCCUCUAGGAAGGAUACUGAGUCGGGUUUCUUCAGAUUUAAGCAUCGUGGACCUUGAUGUUCCAUUUAGCUUAAUCUUUAGCAUCAAUGCUACCUUGAAUGCAUAUAGCAUUAUCGGGGUACUAGCUGUUGUUACAUGGCAAGUCUUAUUUGUUGCCAUACCAAUGGUCUAUUUGGCCAUCCGGUUGCAGAGCUACUACAUGGCUUCCGCGAAAGAGUUGAUGCGGAUAAAUGGCACCACAAAAUCUCUUGUAGCAAAUCAUCUGGCUGAGUCUGUAGCAGGAACAAUAACAAUCAGGGCUUUUGGGGAGGAAGAUCGCUUCUUUGCUAAAAAUUUGAUGCUGGUUGACAAAAAUGCAAGCCCCUUCUUCCACAAUUUUGCAGCAAGUGAGUGGUUGAUUCAACGGUUAGAAACUAUGAGUGCUGCAAUUCUUUCUUCAUCAGCUCUUGUCAUGGCUCUGCUUCCUCCAGGAACUUUUGGCUCUGGUUUUAUUGGAAUGGCACUGUCUUAUGGUCUAUCAUUGAACACGUCCCUCGUUCUCUCAAUUCAAAAUCAGUGCACUCUUGCAAAUCAGGUAAUCUCUGUAGAAAGGCUAAAUCAAUACAUGCAUGUUUCCAGUGAGGCCCCGGAAGUUGUUGAGAGCAACCGGCCAGCACCUGAUUGGCCAGCUGUUGGUAGAGUAGAACUACAAGAUUUGAAGAUCAGAUACAGGCCAGAUGCUCCCCUUGUACUUCAUGGAAUAAGUUGUACAUUUGAAGGAGGGCACAAGAUUGGGAUUGUUGGCCGGACUGGAAGUGGAAAGACCACUCUAAUUGGUGCACUGUUCCGUCUUGUGGAACCAGCAGGAGGAAAAAUUGUCAUAGAUGGCCUAGAUAUUGUCACAAUCGGGCUCCACGAUCUGAGGUCUCGCUUUGGCAUCAUUCCACAAGACCCAACCCUUUUCCAUGGUUCUGUCAGAUACAAUUUGGAUCCUUUCGGGCAAUAUACAGAUAAACAGAUAUGGGAGGUUCUUGACAAAUGUCAGCUUCGGGAAGCAGUUCAAGAGAAAGAACAGGGUUUGGAUUCCCUAGUUGUUGAAGACGGAUCAAAUUGGAGCAUGGGGCAACGGCAGUUAUUUUGCUUGGGACGUGCACUUUUGAAGAGAAGUUGUAUUCUAGUGCUUGAUGAAGCCACAGCAUCUAUUGACAAUGCCACAGAUGCGAUCAUCCAGAAGACAAUCAGAACAGAAUUUGCAGAUUCCACGGUCAUUACAGUUGCUCAUCGGAUCCCGACCGUAAUGGACUCCACAAAGGUGCUUGCUAUUAGUGAUGGGAAGUUGGUGGAGUAUGAUGAACCCGUGAAACUGAUGAAAACUGAGGAAUCUCUAUUCGGGAAUCUUGUCAAGGAGUACUGGUCACAUGCUGUAGGUGCUGAUGUCCGGUCCUCUAAUUCACUUUGAGAUGUUUAUUGUUUUGUUUUUCCAGCCUUUCAGUUUGGAAUAUUUCCUCGGGUCACAUACAAAGAGGCAACAAAGCCAUACAAAAAGGCAACAAAGCCGUAUGAGGUUCCGUUCUGCAUGAAAAGUAAGGAUGCAUCUGGUCUGCUGGUUUGAAGGCAUAUAGAGCUCAUUCAAUUGAUCACAAGGCGGAUUUGAGAUUGUAAAAGGAAAAUAAUGUGCAUUCGUAUGUGAAGAACUUAUUAUCUUGUAUUGCUGUCGCAUUGCUCUGAUGUUCUCAUGAAGUGCUCACAAAUUGUACAUUCAGAGAGGUGAGAGGCUGAGAUUUUGCUCACAAAAAAAAAUUGCAAGGUGAGAGGAUGAUGUCUAUUUUUGCACAUUGUGGAUUAGGAUUCCUUGUCCAAGUUGGGGAAAAAGAAAUUGUGGGUCAAUUGCUGAAGCUUACAAAUUAAACACCGAGCAAAAAGGAGAUACUCAGCAGAGUUUUCGGCUUCAAUGACAAGUAUAUUCUAUGGGUGCUUGUCGUUCCACACUACUGUUAACAGUGUCAUGAAUAUUUUUUUUUGCAUCUCUUCGGAGACAUCCGAUAGAAUCUCUCUAUUGGAAAGAAUAUUUCCCUGUUAAAAAAAUCAAAAAUUUAGCUUGUAAACUGGGAUUGGUGCCCUGAGCCCCAAAAACUCACGAGCUCAUGUUUUUUGUAUCCUGUAUUAGUAUUGAUGUUCAGACAAGGUUAUCUUUCCUUUGGUUUUGCCA